CCUCCUCCUCCUCCUCCUCCUCCACCCCCACCCUCUUUUAGGCCUGUGAUUCGAAGGUUGAAGACAGGUGCUCAGACGAAGGAUGAGGUCAUGAAGAAAAGGAGGGGGCUCGGCAGGACUCCGGUGCCUGAGAUCACCGCUGAGGCGCUGAGGAGCGUGAAGCUCAAGAGGACAGGUGGCCCCGUCCAGCGGUCACCGGUCAACGAGGGUGGAAACCUCGCUGCCAAGCCACUUGCGCCCAGCAAACAGCCCAUGGUCACUCUGGCAGCGCUGCAGCGCGUGUCGCUGAGGAAAACGUCGCACGCCACCAAGAGUCACGAUGACAGUGCUGAAGGUGACGCGAGUCAGAAGGAGAAUGAGAGUCCUGGCGACAGUAACGUGGUCGACAUCCGUAAUGUCCUCAAACGCACAACUCUACAAAGGAGUCCUGGAGGUACCCCCAUGAAAAGCAAGAGGACCGGACGUGUGUCAGGACAGGGGUACAAAGGAACAAACGCUUCAUCGUCAUAGGUGAUUUCUGACCUGUGCCUUAUGGAGCGUCUCAGCCGUUACAGGCCGGACAGAACGGACAACUGGAUACCCAAACUGGCAGUACCGAUGAGGCACAGAGGUGUCUCUUCCCUGUCUACUGGACGUUCAAACGACACAUAGACAUCACUUACCGGUCUGCUGGCAGCAGGGGUGAUACAGAGACAUCUGAUUCUAUGAGCUGUCUGCUGGCAAUAGGAGCGAUACAGAGACAUCUAUUAGCUGUCUACUGGCAGUAGGAGCGGUACAGAGACAUCUAUUGGCUUUCUACUGGCUGUAAGAGCGAUACAGAGACAUCUAUUAGCUGUCUGUUGGCAGUAGGAGCGGUCCAGAGACAUCUAUUAGCUGUCUACUGGCAGUAGGAGAGGUUCAGAGACAUCUAUUGGCUGUCUACUGGCAGUAGGAGCGGUUCAGAGACAUCUAUUGGCUGUCUACUGGCAGUAGGAGCGAUACAGAGACAUCUAUUAGCUGUCUGCUGGCUGUAGGAGCGAUACAGAGACAUCUAUUGGCCGACUGCUUCCCUUGUUACAAAUUACCAUUAUUUAUUAUGUCAUUGUGUUUUUCUUUGCUUAAAUAAAAUUUAUGUAUAUUUGAAUAUGUGCGGGUUGAUUGUUGUUGGCUGUAAAUUCAGCAUUUUCUAAAAGAAGUCUCUGAUAAUGUCUGAACGUCUGUGGUGGAAUGUGAAGAUAUCUUUAGUACCGGUGGACUUGGAUUUUAUCUGAGUCAGCUGCUUUUUAAUUGAAACACCUUUUUAAAUAAUUUUGAAAACAAAUUUUAUCUUCUCCUUAUUUGAAAAACCUGUUCUGUUUCUUUCACUGUUUAGGGAUUUUAUGUGAGUCAGCUGUAUUCUUAUUUAACUAUCUGAGGAUGUGCGUUACGCUCAUUCCACAACUGUUCAAGCCGCCCUAUACUUUGCUAACCACAUAGAUUUUUCUGUUCUGCUUUCUGUUAUCUGAAUUUCUUAUAGUAAACGCAAGCAAAAACUUGCCUCUCUAUAAC